AUGGUGCUGUCUUUCUCGCGGCUGAAAAGUCGUGUCAGCCUGUCUGCGCUCUUCCACCUCAACGGCAGCGUCUUCCCUUUCGCCACCAAGGUAGCUUUGCCUUGCGCGCUGGUGGCCUUCCUUUUCAAAUAUGGAGAUGUUCACGAAUGGCCAGUCCUUACUGAUAUUCUGUCGCACACGGAGAUGGAUGCCACGGUCUACAACGCAUUCUCAACUCUUCUUGGGAUACUGGUCGUGUUUCGGACUGGGCAAGCCUACGACAGAUUCUGGGAUGGGAGCACUCUGACGCAUCAGAUGCGUGGCGACUGGUUCGAUGCAGCUAGCAGCAUCAUCUCGUUCACCAGGACUUCCAAAGCAGAUGCCAGGAAACUUUGGGAGUUCCGACAGAUAGUGGUGCGCCUCUUCAGCAUGUUGCACGCGCUCAGCCUGGCCGAGCUUGAGGACGACGACGACGAAGACGACGACAGAUGGGCGCACCGUCUGCGCCUCAUCGACAGCACUGGCAUUGAUGUGACCUCGCUGAAAGCGUUGAAGAAAGCCGAGUGUAAAGUCGAGCUCGUCUUCCAUUGGAUCCAGUCUAUAGUUGUCUGCAGCAUCGAUUGUGGGAUAAUGUCGGCGCCAUCACCUAUUCUUACGCGAGCGUACAGCGAGUUGGCGAGUGGUAUGGUCAAAUUCCAUGACUGCCUCAAGAUCGCGCGAAUCGCAGUACCUUUCCCGUAUUCCCAAGCCACGCUGAUGUUACUGGUCAUCCACUGGAUCGUGACACCGUUUGUCAUGGUGCUUGGGACCCAAACUCCGGCGGUCUCCUGCGUCAUCACCUUUAUCACUGUGUUCAUUUUGUGGAGCCUGCAUUCCAUAGCAAUUGAGCUCGAGAACCCGUUUGGUGCAGAUGCCAAUGACUUGGAUGUUCAUGACAUGCAGCAUGACAUGAACAACCGCCUCUUGUUGCUCUUGGACCCGAUCUCGGCACAGCUGCCACGCCUAUCCGGACAACAUGUUCAGGAUCAUGAAUGUUUGCUUGACAUGGAGAGGGAGCGUGUGAUGCCAGCUUUUGACACCCUGUGGAAAAACUUGGCGUCGGAAGUUGAGCAAGGUGCUGAUAUUAAGCGUGGUCGCCGCAGCCUGAUUCAGCUUCGGCGCGGAUCUUUCGUCGCCAAGAAGUCGAGCAGCCAGGUGUCGCUCACCGAGUAUCAGAAGCGUGUUCAGGAUGUCCUGAGCUCGCCGGAGAAUGCUAAAAAGCCACAUUGGCCAGGCAUUAUGGGUCGCAUCCUGUCCUCAGGAGGUUCGAAGCGAACUGGCAGCAGAGAUGGCAGCAGAACUGGAAGCGAUGCCUCACUGCCGACUCCUGCCAAGGUGACCAGCAAGAGCACUUUGAGUCCUUCUUCCGCGAGCGGGACUGAGGUUAUGCUGGACUGUUUGUCGAGCGGUCAGCUUGAGUCCGUCAUGGAGUCUGAUGCAGAGCGCGACCAGGCUUGUGGACCGGUCGCGUCGAACUCGCUUUCCAGACCCUCGAGCCGAGGCAAUCUCCGCUCCGAAGGAUCGUCGAAGGCCACCAAGUGGCAGGUUCCGCUUGACUCCGCUCUGGAGGACUCUGAAGGCCAAGGCCGCUCUGCAGUCCUGCAGCAGCCGCAAGCAUGCGAGCAGCACCUACAUAUUGCCACUUUGCAGAACCCGAAGUUAUUUCGUCAUUGUUUCGGUUUAGUUCGUUCGCCUGAUAUCGGGUAG